AUGUUCUUAACUGAUACGCCAUUAAGGUCAAUGUUCUUAACUGAUAUGCCUUUAAGGUCAAUGUUCUUAACUGAUAUGCCAUUAAGGUCAAUGUUCUUAACUGAUAUGCCUUUAAGGUCAAUGUUCUUAACUAAUAUGCCUUUUAGGUCAAUGUUCUUAACUAAUAUGCCUUUAAGGUCAAUGCUCUCAACUGAUGUACCAUUAAGAUCAAUGUUCCUAACUAAUAUGCCUUUAAGGUUGAUGUUCUUAACUGAUAUGCCUUUAAGGUCAAUGCUCUCAACUGAUGUACCAUUAAGAUCAAUGUUCUUAACUAAUAUGCCUUUAAGGUCAAUGUUCUUAACUGAUAUGCCUUUAAGGUCAAUGUUCUUAACUGAUAUGCCAUUAAGGUCAAUGUUCUUAACUGAUAUGCCAUUAAGAUCAAUGUUCUUAACUAAUAUGCCAUUAAGGUCAAUGUUCUUAAUUGAU